AUGGCCUCGUACCUACGGGAGCACUGCCGUGGUUCCCUGUCCUUCGCUGAGCGUCAACGGGUGCGGAAACUGUGUCCCCGACCGGACGUGGAGGAAACGCGAUGUCCACGCGUGGACCCGUUCUUGUCAGAUGUCCAGGGCCUGGCCAAUGCCAAGAGAGCGGAUAGAAUGCUGGCCAACAUCCAACAAAAGGUUACGGACGUUUUCCGUCCCCUGGCCGCGCUCUGGGCUGCUAUUGAGCAGGGCCGGCCGGUCCACGAACUGACCGAGCUGGUCCAGAUGGCGAUCGUCAUGACGGGCGACGCCUCAAAUGUAUUGUCGGAGACACGCCGUCAGCGCCUCAUGGCAGCGCUGCCAAAGAGAUGCCCGAAGAGCCUGCUGCAGGGCUUGCGUCCUUCCGGUGAUCUCCUCUUCGGUGAUGGAUUUUCCCGGGAGUAUAAACGGAAGUGCCAGGAAAUGGACGGUACCACCGCCGAACGUCCAGUCAUCGACCUCCGCCACCUGAACGAGCACGUGCGGUACGAGCACUUCCAGAUGGAGGGUCUCCACCUCGUUCCCCUAUCCGUCCGAGAGGGCAAUUGGCUCACAAAGCUAGACCUCAAGGACGCGUACUUCACCGAGCCGAUCCAUCCCCAGCACCGCCGGCUCCUGCGCUUCAGUUGGGAGGGCCAACUCUACGAGUUUCAGUGCCUACCGUUCGGCCUGUCCAGCGCCCCCCGGGUAUUCGCGAAGCUGAUGAAGGUCCCGAUCAGUGUUCUUCGUCGUCAGGGCAUUCAUCUCAUCCUGUAUCUCGACGACCUUCUCCUGAUUGCCGAGUCACGGCCGGCCGCCGUGCUGCAGACACAGCAGGCCAUUCAACUCCUAGAAUCUCUGGGUUUCGUAAUCAAUCGGAAGAAGUCCAUUCCCGAGCCUACGCAACAGCUCGAGUUCCUAGGAUUUCAGUCGAACUCUGUGGCCAUGACGAUGUCUGUGCCGAUCGACAAGGCGCGGAAACUCCAGCAGGAGUGCAACCGAGCCCUGUCCCAGCCCUACCUGUCCAUCCGCGCAUUGGCCUCACUCCUGGGCAGGAUGGUUGCGUGCUCCCCAGGCAUGUUUCUGGCUCCACUGCAAUUCCGCCACCUUCAGCAGUUGAAGACUGCAGCCCUUCGUCGCCAUCAGAGCUACCUUGCCACGGUACGCCUGACGCCGGAAGCCAGGACGGAGCUGACGUGGUGGGCAGCAGAUCUAGAAACUUGGAACGGUCGCUCGAUUCUCAAACCUCCCGCUCAGCUCACCAUAUUCUCCGAUGCGUCCCUGCUCGGCUGGGGAGCGGUGUGCGGCACAACGAGUACUGGGGGUCAAUGGUCCCCAACCGAGGCCAAUCUCCACGCCAAUGCUCUGGAAUUGAUCGCUGCCUCAUUCGCGGUGAAAGCCUUUCAUCACCGGGCCUCGUACCGUCCUCUGCACAUCAAGUUGUUGAUCGACAACACGACAGCCGUCAGCUACAUCAACCGCUUAGGCGGCACGCAUUCCCGUCUCCUGUCCCAGAUCGCUUGCGACCUCUGGAGAUGGGCGGUCCAACACGAUAUCCGCCUCCAGGCGGAAUAUGUGCCGAGCGAGGAGAACCCAGCGGACCAUCCUUCUCGGGGCUCCCUCUCCGAGUCCGGCGACUGGCGCCUUGACCCUGCUCUGUUUCGCAGGAUUCAGAGGGCAGCUCCUUGGACCUUGGGUGCUUCAUCGUGUGGCCUCACUCCAUACUUGCCGGAUGAUACUGGUCGCACCAGUAUGGGAUACGCAGCCAUGGUACGCGACUUUGCUGCAGGUGUUGGUCGAUUUCCCCAUGCUUCUGCCCACAUUCGCCUGCUACUCUCACCCUCGGGCCAUCCACACCCACUGGUACUAUCCCGCCACCUGCGCCUCGCCGCAUGGCCUAUCUCCAGCAGCGCUUCAAUGCAGCAGGACUUUCUCCACAGGUCGUGCGACUCCUCUCCUCCUCUUGGCGGUCAUCAACCAAUGCCGCUUACGCAUCGGCAUGGGAGCAGUGGCUGGGCUGGUGCAGUCAACGGUCAGUGGAUCCCGUUCGCCCAUCUUUAG